UUUCUAUAGGUCGAUUUUAUUAUAUUAUCGAAACAGCUGUUUUUUGUUAUUGUGUCAAAUCUUGCAUAACCUCCAAUUUCGCGUCAAUUACUCAAGAGAAAAAAAAUGAUAUCGUCGAUUGUGCGAAAUCUCUUAUAUUCGCGCGUUCCCGCAGCUGGCAUACGCUGUCUCGCCACAGAGGCAUCGACAGUGGCUGCAACCACAAGCCAAGAUGCUUCAAAUAAUUUACCUCCUGCAUUGCCCGAAGAAAGGGAUAAGCUUUACAGUAAAUUAGAAAUUGAGUUAAGAGGUAUUGAUCCUGCCGUCUUGAAGAGCUAUUCAUGGUUUGCAACAACCGCUGCAAAUCAUUUGGAUAUUGAAGUGGGCAAAUGCUGGUCACCGCGGAAGGCUCACAAAGAACGCAUGACUCUUUUGAAAUCGGUGCAUAUUUAUAAAAAACAUCGUGUUCAAUAUGAAAUUCGAACAUAUUUCCGUUACAUGAACUUCCACAAGUUAACCGGAUCAACAUUGGACACAUUCUUGGAGUAUAUUGAACGUAAUUUGCCCGAAGGUGUAGCAUUGAAUGCCACAAAAACCGAAAUACAAGAAAUACCCGAGCACUUGAGAGAUGUUCCCCGUGAAAGUUAAUUUUGUUUUUCGAUAAGCUGUUGUUAGUGUGUUAAGAAAAAGCCAAUAAAAAAGAAUUACAAAAGAUAA